GCUCUACAGUUCCUUGGAUUUCCUACCAGAGAUAAUGGCGUUUCCCUGUGCAGUGUUGAAGGCAGAUGAGAGAACUUUGCCCUUCGGAAAGGGAUGUGAAACUGCAUGAUAGUUCUCACUCAGCAUGAACAGCAUGUUCUUGUAUGGAUGAUCUUCUGGCUCAAGAAAUUUGGAUGCACCUUUAUUUAUCCGCUUCAAGAUCACGGGCCGAACAUUACGCACGGGAAUUUACGGAAUUCACAGACAGUUGUAGAGCCCCCUCUGAACCCCCUGGUGUGUCUACUCCCUGCAGACGAGUGACGGUGGCUGUGCCUGUUGCCAUGGUAGCAUGGCAGCCCUUUGGGAAUCUCCGGAGAUGUAUGGAGGACCAGCCACCAGUUGUCAUCUUCUUCCUCUGCCUCCUCUCAUUGGCUGUGACGUUCAUCGGCUUUGGAGCUUACGCCCGAUCACACGAGGUCAAGAACCCUGACAUUGUCCAGGACUGGAACCAGGUGUUGGGCUCUCUUGCAAAGCUGCGGUUCUGUGUGCUGGAGAACGGGACAGACAGCUCGACGGCGCCUCUGGUCACUGGGGAGACACACGCCUCUGCCCCUUUGGUGCAACACGAGACGCAUGAUGGGCAUGUAGGCAACCCCUCCAGCGAUCCCUUGGCUUUGACCCAUCUGUCCAUCGUUGGCCAGCUGGACUGGGCCCCACAGAGACAGGACCAAGACCCUGUCUACCUCUCGGCCACUCUCUGGGGAAAGCAGCUUGACUUUAAGGGCUCUGCAGAAAAGACGGCCCUGAAUAUAUCGUUCAUCCUGCCCUCGUGGUCUCAGCUGGCUGGCAACGGGUCCGAGCGUCAGUCAGGUCCCAGCCGGACUUGUAUCGGCUUCAGCGCCCCGGCACGCCUCCUGCCCGACACCCCUCACCCCCAGGAGUGUCCGACUGGCAUGGACAGUAACUCUGAGCUUCCUUCAGUGAGAGCUGUUGUCUCGCCUCUGAGCUCCCAGGAGCCCCAGAAUGCACUGGGCUGCUACAGCACUGUGUUCACCUCUGAUCCCAAACUCACGGUUAUGCUGUCGAAGGAGGACAGGGCUCUUGCUUGGCAUCAUUUGCUGGUGGUGAGUGUUUUUCUGCUGGCGCUGUGUGGCGCGCUCUGCUGUGCUGGGACCCUGUCCUGCUUCAAGGCCCGCAGGCACAAGAGCAGCGGACUGGACCUGCAGCAGAAGGAGCCCUUGCUUGACUCUUGAGUCCGACAUCGUGAAUCUUGCUCUUGCCGUGGUCAGGUGUGGCAUGGCAGCGUGGGGACGCCUCAGCGGAAAUAAGUCUCCAUUGUCCGUCUGUCUUCCUCUGGCUCGAAUUACCAGUCAGCACUGUGCAGUGGGCGGAGGUAUCUCUGCCUGUCCAGCCUGGAUCACCUUUACAGAUCUGAUUAUCAAAUUAUUUAUAAAAGUUAUAGAGCGGUUGAAGAUACUGUUCCAGUUUAAGGGCCACCUGUUGAAAGGAUUCAUAUCAAUAUCAUAAGAAAUAAAAAGGGUUUUAGCAAAUGAAUCUAUUGCUUUUUGAGAGACCCACUGCAACGAGUCAAUUGUUUUUCAUCUUUUAUAAUAGUUGAGAUGUUUUUGUAGUCUUCAUAGCUAGCAUUGCUUGCUGAAGAAGAUAUGAGGAGGGAGACUUCCAGACCUGAGGUGCCGUCUGUGUGGAGUUUUGUAUGUUCUUCCUGGGUUUCCUCCCACAGUCCAAAGACACUUUGUUGGAUUAAGUGAUGAGAAGAUGGAUGGAUGUAAAAAAAAAAAAUCAGCUGUAAAUGUGGUCAGGAAAUUAAAAAUACAAAUGUAA